CUCUCGGGCACUUGGUGGGAUUGCUGGGCUGUCCUGUGCAAGGCCGGGAGCUGGACUGGACCAUCCUUGUGGGUCCCUUCCAGCUCAGGAUAUUCUGUGAUUCUAACUCUUUGGUUAACCCUUCCUCUCCCCACAAAGAGCUGGCAAAGCUGUUGGGGGUGGGGCAGAACAAGGGAAGCGGCAGCACUGUUGCUGUCUCUAUGACACAACAAUGGGAGCCCCAACAUUCCGUCCCUGGAGACGCUCCAAGAGGAGCGUCCAGACCCGGGUCCAGUCAACACAACGGAGCGGUCGCCGAAGCUGACUGACCAUGGCCCUGUCAGCUCUGUGGCAGCGUUGUGUGAGCUGGAGCUCAACCAUAGCCCAGCUCCUGCAGCCGUUUGUCUCUCGCGGAACCUCCUGCCCCACAGGAUCAGCCAGCCUCGGCCAACAGCCUGGCCAGAAGCAGCAGCCCUUGCCAGCUCCCUCUGCCCCACCAGCAGGGACACGGACUCAGCUGCCUCCACCAGCCCCCUUGGCAAGCAGCCAUGGCAUUGCUCCUCCAUCAGGCAAUGCCCGGGGCUGCAGGAAGGCCCUGGUCCCAGCCCCACCAGUGCGGGACACCCAACACGGCCCUACCAGCUCAACCAACCCCUCAGGGACACCCCUGGGCCGUGGCAGCCCUCCAGACACCAGCGUGCCCAUGGAUUUGGACACCACCCCAGCUCUUGACGUCAGUCUGGGCAGUGAUGUCCCCAUGGAUGACGACACCCCGUCAGGCUGCGACCUCUCGCUGGCCAGCGACGUCACCAUGGACGAGGACAGCCCGUCAGGCCGUGACCUCUCCUUGGCCAGCGACGUCACCAUGGAUGAGGACAGCCCGUCAGGCCGUGACCUCUCCUUGGCCAGCGACGUCACCAUGGACGAGGACAGCCCGUCAGGCCGUGACCUCUCGCUGGCCACUGACGUCCCCAUGGAUGGUGGCUCCCCCUCAGGCAGUGAUCACCUUGUGAGCUGUGACAUCUCAGUGAGCAGCGAUGUCCCCAUGGAUGAGGACACCUUCCCGAGGGCUGACAUCUCCCUGCCCAGUCACAGCACUGCCAGCCACCCUGGCCCACUCCACGGUCAAGCCAUCGGGGCCCAUGGGGUGACUCCAGCCAGCGACACUGGGCUGCGUCGCAAGGUCCUGCUGAAAGGGACUCGGAGCCACUUGCAUCGCUCCCAGGGAGCCGUGGGUACCAGUCGGGAUGAUCGCAACAGCGUCCCCGUGCCCACGGACCAUGCUGGCACCAGUGGCACCAGCCCCCGGCCCAAGAACACCUCACUCUGCCCGCCCAAGAAGAUGCCGCCCACUGACUGCAGUGUCCCCAAGCCUUCCAGAGCCGUCCUGAGCACGGGACACUGCAAGGCAGGCGGCAUCAAGCCUCAGGACCCUCAGCAGGUGCCCAAAUUUUCUCCUAAACAGCCAGCUGACAUCCAUGCAGUCACUGUGCCCAGAACUGCCAGGAGAACUCCACAGGUUCAGAGGCUCAAGUGGGCAGAACCUAUCUUGGAUACAGCCUUGCUCGCUUUGAACGUUGGAUUCCACGUCAGGAGCCAGAUGCUGAGCACUCCUGAAGAACCCCCUUUUCUAGACCCAAUCUCCAAGCACAACGGAUCACAGCACACACCUAAAGUGCUUUUGACCGUCACCUGA